GGUAAUGUUUUGGUCCUAAGCUCUCGUUUUAGGAGAGCAAACUGAACGACAAUUUAUAGCUAAUGCUAUCUGGCUAUGGGAUACUCCUCUUUCAAGUAAAGGGUUCUUUGUGAACUGUUCCUGAGAUCUGUGUUUCGUCAUGUGUAAGUGUGGUGGCUAUCUGCACCCUGUCCAGUCUGAAGGAGGAGAUGGAGAGGGCUGUGAGGGAGAUGGAGGCAGAGAGAACCAAGGGGUACCAGGCCCUGCUUCAGACCCUGCAGUGUCUAGCAAGUGGGAGUUUGUGGCCGCCUUCCGUCAGGCCCAGAGGAGGGAGUUUGCCUACUCCAUAGUCAACGCUGGGAUGAAGGUGGUCUUCAGGGAGGGCACGAACAUAGUAGAGUCCCUCAACAUCUACUUCGGAGGAGUAGGACCCACACUGGUCAAUGUUGGACGCACAUGGCAGAAGACUGACAACAACAUACUUCACAGACAUUGCAGACCUGGGUUCAAAUACAUGUGUAUUUGAUUAUUUAAAUACUUAUUUUCAGUGUAUUUGAGUAUUUUCAAAUAAUGUGGCCCAAAUCAUCUGCAAUUUCCUAUAAAUAGCCUACAAUUUGAACGUUUUUUCAAAUACAAUACCUGGGUUAAAUGCAUGGAGGUGUAUUUCAUUCAGUGUAUUUGAGUUUUUUCAAAUACAUGCCAAUACUUUCAACCUGGACUCCGGGGUAGACGUAGCAUAGUUAAUGUAGUUCUGGAACACUCUAAUUAGUAUGAUAUGUUACGUUUUGUAUGGUAUUUAUUAA